ACAAGGUUAUUAAGGCAGUCAUUUUAAUACUGCACCCUUCCAAUGAGCAGCAAUAUAUGACAACAUCAGUUCUUCGUGUAGUCCUGUGGUUAACAAUCUGAUGUCAUAAAGAGGUCAAGGAAGGCUGGCACCUUGGCAGAGAUUUGAGACGACAAUGUCAGCGAAAAAAGACAAAAGAAAAGUCGCAAGCCACUGUGAUUGGAUGUCACAACUACCACCUAAGCUCCACAACAUUCCUCUCUAUGAUCUGGCCAUACCAGGUAGCCAUGACUCAAUGAGUUAUGACUUGGACAUCAACUCCUCUAUAAUAGAACCCGAUAGACUGCAAAGAUUGAGCAAGAUUUAUUGUGUACGUAAAAUAGUGCGCAAAUGGGCCAUCACACAGGAGGAGACUAUUACAAAGCAGCUGGAUGCAGGGGUUCGUUACUUUGACCUGAGGAUCGCUCGCAAGGCACGCGACCACGACCCCACUCGGCUUUACUUUUGUCACGGGCUGUACACGCACACGGAUGUUGAGACUGUUCUCAAGGUCAUAAGGGACUGGGCGGAGAGGCACCCCAAAGAGAUCCUCAUCCUGGCUUUGUCACACUUCAAAGGGUUUGACAAAGCGAACAGCGCGCAGCUCCACAGACAUCUCAUCGGCUUCAUCGUGACCUUGUUUGGAGCCAAACUCAUCCAUAUCAGGGACGUCCCGACCCUGAGGAGUUGCUGGGACAAAGGCAGAAACGUCAUCAUCUCAUAUGAUUAUCCGACGACUCAGCACGGCGAGAUAUGGAGUAAAAUACCGUAUUUCUACGGCGAUACUAUGAACACCACUAAAAUUGAAGCCAAACUCCAGCACAUCUUGGAGAAGGCGAGGCCCGUUCAGUAUUUCUUUGUGUGUGGCCUGAACUUGACACUGCCGGAGGAUGCCAGGACACUCCAGUACAUCCUCCGCCCUUGCGACAACCUCGCCAACGUCAUACGGAGGGGCCUGCCGAGGCUGCUGCAGUGGACGAAACGGCAAGCUGCCAAGACGCCCGUGAACAUCGUGGCGUCCGACUUGGUGACUUGCGAUGACUUCAUCCAAACGGUUAUCGAGCUCAACGCUUUGAAAUCCACGAGAGCAUAAGAGGGGAAACUGAGUUCCUUCUUUUUUUUUU